UGCGUCGCUGUAAGAAUAAAUGGUAAUCGCGAACGUAACUUACUUUUAUCGUUAAUUACAUGUUCCGUGGGUGCCUAUAUAAACUACAAAAUCGUGCCGGACCCAAAGAAAAACGAAAAAGGAAGACGGACGCUAGUCCACUGUGCGAUAUGCAUCCCGCGAAAAAUUGUGCGAACGUUGCGAACAGGCUGAAGAGUAUUAUACAGAAAGUUGUCCCGCACUCUUACAGACAGACUGUAUCGUGUCCACAGUGUGUGACGUCCAUAUUCAUACCACCAGACACGGAUCUAGGGUAGUGGGUUAGGCGCCCGGAAGUCCUGACAACCCCCGCCCCAUUUCCCGAUUUACGACUUUACCAAGUGCUUCAAUUAAUCUUAGGCAGUGUAUGCAGCAUGCUAAUCAAAAUUGAAUUAACCAAAAAGAAAAGAAAAAGUAAAAAGAAAAAAAACUAAAAAAAAAAAAGACCACUGUUCCUUUUCUGCAUAUUACCUUACUCGCACCAUACUCGGUUUAUGAAUUAAUUAUUGGCUGCUUGGCAGGGACCUAAAAAGAAGCCGAAAAGCAUCGUUAUUGUACCUGAUGUUACAUUUUCUCUUUUGUCCUUCAACAGCAAUCUUUUUAAUAUACUGGUUUUAACCCCUGCUUUCACUAUAGCCUAAAUGUGAAAGCAUUCCCCGAAAAUUGCACACUGUGUGGUGCUCAGUGAUGUACUUCGUGACAAGGAAAGUGCCCGUACUCCAAUGCAACCCAGCAACUACCUAACUCAACUAAGUCUGCCGGACGCCAGUGCCUCUACUGAUGACGAUGAUGAAAACGAUGAGGAUGACUGCGACGGGUAUGGAGAAUAUGUGUACGAUGUUGCUGACAAACUACGAGUCAUCAACGCACAGCUGUAUGCGGACACUACGCCUGUGGAAUCUCAACGUCCACGAAGGGUUCAGUUCCGUGAAGACCCGGUGGAGAAAAUUGUCUGUUUCUCUCCUGUACUUGAUAGUGCUGACUAUUCUGAGGACGACCGUGUUUUGGAAACGUAUCCCGACGAUGAAGCCGACGGUCGAACACCCUUACACAUACAGGAGCUUGUGGGUACUUCGGGCUUCGUGACAACUGCACGUGGUACUCCAGACAGUGCUUCUUUGGAUUACACGAUUGCAACUGACAAUGGGAGCGGAAUUGUGGAAUGCGUUAUCAACGAGAGGUUGCACGAGGAAAAUUAUGAUACAGUCAAGCACGCUGGAGCCUCACAUUUUUCCAAUGGAGAGUACCCUCAUGGUGAAGAGCAGGGUUGCUGCAGUGACUAUAGCACAAGCUCGGACUCUGAAUCCGUGGAAGAGGACAUUCCUUGCCAUGACUCGGUAGCCCCUCCCGGCACCAGCAACAACUCCAAUGGUCACGACGGAGACGAAGAAGAAAUAUCAGUCUCGCACGAGACACUAUGCUCUUUUGAAUCAGACACAACCAGUUCGAAAGAAUCUCUGCAGCACAAAGGCCAAGUGCAGUACUCGACUAGCCGCCCCCCCACGCGUCAAGUGUCGUCUGCCGACAGUGCAGUCCGUCCGAAAUCUACGGCGAAGAGGAAAGAGCUUCGCCCGAGAACUUCUACAGGAAUACGUCCCACAGAGAAUGCGCAGAGCAGCAAGAAGACGAGGCUGCCCAAGUAUGGUGGAAACAGGAGGUCCGUGUACGGGUUGCCGAGUGAGAUGAAGGAGGCAAUGCAGAGGAAAAGAGUUGAAGAGCAAAUGAGAAGCAAACAGAAAGAGAUGGAACUGCAGAAGGAGCAAGAGGAGAGGAAACGAGAGGCCCAACUUGCUUUCCAGGCCUGGUUAGCAAGGAAGAAGUUCGAGAAAAAGAGGCCAAGAGGGGAGGCGGAAAAGGCGUUGGAGACGAAACAUGAGGUCGAGCAAGAUGUAGCUCGAGAAGAUUCACAAAGUGCCUUCAAGAUGUGGUUAGAAAGAAAGCGAAUUCAGAAACGCCAAGAAGAAAUGACGAGGAAAUUGAAAGACCUCGAGCUAGCCAAUGCCACAGCCAAGGCUACCAGGGAAGACGCAGAGAGGGCAUAUUCAAGAUGGUUAAAGAAGAAAGAACAAGAAGAGAGAGAGAAAAAGAGUAGCCGUCCAUUCCAGCCCGCACUGCAGAGAUACAGUGGGCUCUCACCUCAAUCGCUCCGUGCUCUGGAAUUAUACCUCCAAAGUGAAGAAUUUAUGAGAUACCCCGAAAUCAUCCUCUGAAGGAGCGUGGCCCUGUCACAGAAAUAAAUAUUCUUGCUGACA